AUGACUAGUCACGGUGUCCCAAGGAUUGCAGCGGCAACAGUCCGGACAGAACAGCAACGUCAGGACGAGGUAGCCAAGAUCGAAAAGUACCAGGCUUUAGUUGACUUGAUUGAGACGAAGAUACAUGAACACCAGUAUACAUCAGAAGUCCUCGACUUGACCUCGAAACUGCUCACAAAGAACCCCGAAUACUACACAAUAUGGAACGUGCGCAGACGCUUGUUAACCUCUGGACUCUUUUCCAAAUCGUCGGAUGGGCCAUUGCCCUCGACUCAGCAGCCCUCUACUUCACAAGCCAAAACUACGAAUUCGCCCUCCGAAAAGUUACCCUCUUCUACCUCCACUUCCAACGCGGCCUCCAACGAGACCCCGCGGUCCCCAACCCCCCAGAAUCCUGGGAGCAAUGGUACAACUCUUGAGCUUAUUAAAGACGAUUUAUCAUUCCUCGUGCCAUUGCUGAAGCAAUGGCCGAAAUGCUACUGGAUAUGGAACCAUCGGAUAUGGCUGCUCCAACAAGCUACUUUGAGAUUAGAGGUGCCGGUUGCGCGGAGGUUAUGGGAAGAAGAGCUGGGCCUUUGCAAUUACAUGCUGGUACGAGAUAGCCGGAAUUUCCAUGGCUGGGGAUAUCGUCGAAUGGUAGUGGAGAAGCUUGAGAGCCCAGCUUUGAACGGGAAGAGCUUGGUGGAAGAGGAGUUUGCGUACACCACCAAGAUGGUAAAUACCAAUCUGUCCAACUUUUCGGCAUGGCACAAUCGAAGCCAGCUUAUACCGCGGCUACUCGAUGAGCGAAAUGCAAUUGAUGAAGCACGCAAGGAGUUUCUGGAUGAAGAAUUUGAUACGAUGCGUAAUGCCCUCUGGACUGAUGCUAGUGACCAAUCUCUCUGGUUCUACCAUCAAUUCCUCAUGGUUACCCUGCUGGAUCGUACUGUAUCCAUCUUACCAAAUUUCACCACGGAGCAACGUAUCGAGUACGCCAACUCCCAGAUAGAUGAUUUAAAAGAGAUGCUGGAUGGUGCCGAGGACUGUAAAUGGAUUUACAAUGGGUUAUACGAGUAUACACUGGCAAUAUGUCGUACAUGCGAACGCCAGCCAACAACAGAUGAGUUGCAAGAUUUGAAGUUAUGGCUAGGCGAGUUGAAGAAGCUGGACCCAGACAUAGAAGCGUUCGAGAGCAAAGGUUUGGGCCGUUACGACCCAGCAACGUUGAAUCGUAUCUGGUUCUCACAGCAGCCCCCAAACAUCGCGAGAUUGGACACCUUUCUCGCUGUUUAUGGCUACAGUUCCACUUCCCCCUUGGGCCCAUCCAGCCACGAUCCCAACGACCUCUGUAGCCUUCUUAUAAUGCUGUCACUCAAAGAUGACAGUUUUCCCUCCUUAGCAUCAAGAUGCGCUAUUAGCGCAUUAUCAUAUUAUUAUCUGGGGAUGGAGAUGGCAGCUGCUGUGAGCAAGACCAACGCACUCCGAGCGCUGCAAGCCUCCAUUGAAGCUCCUGAGCUUUCACAGGCUAUGCAGAUGAUGGCUGCCAGCAUGCUAUUAUGCAUCUUAGAGACUCUUGAUUUCAACAGUCCAGCCCUCAGUUGGACCAUAUUCUUCUGUGGUACAAAACGAAUUGCCAAUCUUGUGACCGAAAAAGACGACACCUACUUUGGCGAGAAAGCAUUACUCAUGGAUUGGAUCUUCUACCACGACGUCAUGUACAAGUUCAGCAUCCGGCAUUGGGACAAUAAGAAUGCCGACCAGAUCGAGCUAGCGGGACAAAGGAAACUCAUCUCGAAGGCCGUUUUUGCGCCUGAGCGACUCACUGUAGUACCAAUCCUGGGCUGCUCACUAGAAUUGAUGGAUCUCAUCUGCCAGGUAAUUGAUGUCGUGUUGGAUCACAAUGAUGCUGGGUAUCAAUCCGAGUCGCACAUGGCAAUUAUUAAAUCUUUAGAGAUCCGGCUACAGAAUUUAGAGCAGCGGCACUCUGGCAUAUCCGAAAUUGAUUCAGGCGAGGCAGCUCACCAAGUUAGAGUCGCGGAAGUAUUCCGCUUAGCGACACUGAUAUAUCUUUUGCGACUGGCUAAGGGCGAGUCUGUGGGCCACAAGGCUUACAACCUGGCAGUAGCCAGUGCAUUUGAUGUCCUGGGACAAUGUGUGUUCUGUGAACGCCCAUGGCCAAUGUUCAUUAUUGGACUCGAAGCACGUACAGAUGAGCAGCGAUCUAUUAUUUUGACGGUCUUCAGAGAAUCUCUGCGGAGGCAACCACAUGGUACAAUGUCUCUUGCAGAUCGCAUGGUUCGUGACGCGUGGACACAGCAAGAUCUUUGUAAGGAUGAGAUAGAUCAUCUCCUGGCGGAAUUCUUAGACGCCUCCGCGCUCAACCCAAACUACAUCCAGGCUGGUAUCAACUGCCUCAUGAAUCUCAGCACGAAAGACUGUGGUGGGCUAGAACAAUAUGACCUUCGUCGCUAUGACAUCGUGUUCAACUCCGGUUAUGAUGGCCACUAG